UAGAGGCAAUGCAGGAGACUGAAGGCCGCCGGAGACGGCUCCGCGUUCUAAGGAAUACCGAGAGCUGGAAAUAAUGGUAGAAGAAAAAUGGAUCAAACUAAUAAUGGAGGAAAUGAAUGUAUGCUUAACGGGCCAAGUCAUGCUUGUCUGGAGAAAGCCGGCUCAAAUAUCAGCCUUCUCAUCCUCAAUAACCGGACGUCGGUAAGCGACUGCCCGGCUUGCUAGUCCAUAGUCCUUCAAAGUCUCCGCUCCGAAAUCACGGAUCACCUCAGAUUUUUUUUUAUAUAUAUAUAUUACGAAAGCCAUCUACCAUUUGACGAACUGAGUUAAGCAUGCGACGCCGGUUUGCUGGUAUUAAAGUGGAGGUCUAACCUCCGAGUCCUCCGUUACAAAUCUGACCGCUGGGAUCAAGCUAGCAUCAUCUGGAGUCGGAUGGACGUGCGGCUCGCGCAGCAUCACUGCCACUGGGACGCGUUCAAGCCUGUUCUGCUGCACUGGAAUGCUAACGAAUAAGGAAGUGGCUUUAACAUGAAGGGAAACGUCUUGUUCCUCAGGCUUGCAGGUGCUACAAAAACAUUUUAUAAAUGCCAAAUGUAAUGACCGCCCCAAGCUUGCACCAUGCAGUUGGCUGGCCGUGUCUGUCUACAUCCUUGCGGAUGACACUUGCACAGGUACCGGUGGUUCAGAACAAACAGCGGCGGCGCGGACGCACCGUUGCCGGGGAGUUGCUGUGAGACUUGCUAGCGCCGAGCUAGGCGGCUAACGGCACAACAUAAAAAGCAUCAUUAAAUACCAACACCAAUGAUAUCCCAUAAGGUUUUAGUCGCAAUAAUCUUACUGAACGUGUAUAUAGGUGUGCAGUCCGUUUUUUACUUAUUUGGCGGCGUCCUUUUAACGGUCCUGUUUGCUAUGGCAUUUUUAAAUGGACCCAGGCUGUUGGACUGGGCGAGUUCACCUCCACAUCUUCAGUUUAACAAAUACGUCCUGACGGGAUACCGGCCAAUUUCCUCCGUGCAGGACUGCAUCAGAAGCCUGUUUUACCUGCACAAUGAACUUGGAAACAUAUACACUCACGGCAUCCCUCUGGUUUGCUUCCUGGUGCUGCUACCCCUCAACAUCCCCUGGUCUCAGAUCAGUGUCACCUGGUUGGGUGUGGUGCACUUCCUGGCCUGCCUGUCUCCCCAGCUGGGCUCUGUCGUCUACCACCUUUUCAUGAACCACGAGGGAGGGGAGCCGGUGUACCACACCCUCCUCAAGCUGGAUGUGUGUGGAAUCUGCAUGAUCAACACGCUGGGGGCGCUGCCCAUCGUAUACAGCACGCUGCUGUGCUACCCGUUCAUCCGCACCGUGGCCCUGCUGGUCUACAUCCUGCUGUCCAGCCACGCCAUCUACUGCGCCGUCACGGCUCGGAGCAGCGUGCGGCGGUUGCGCUCCUUCGCCUGGCAGGCGCUGUUCCGAUUCUCCUUCUUCCUGCUUCGCUGGGUGGGCGUGGGCGGCGGCAGUCCCACCUCGCUCCGCCACUUCAUCACGAUGGACGCCUUGGCCGUGCUGGGCGGGGUGAUCAACAUCACACGCAUCCCGGAGCGCUUUCGGCCAGGCCUUUUCGACUAUUGGUGCAACAGCCACCAGAUCAUGCACGUACUGGUGGUGGGCUCCAUCCUCUACCUGCACUGGGGUGUCCUAGACGACCUGCUGUGGAUCAACAGCUACAACUGUCCCUCCGACUGACCCCCACUACCACCCCCACCCCCUGACAAGGAGCACUGGGACAUUAUGUUGGAGGACUUCUGGGGGGCUGGGGGUGUCUGUAGAGGGGAGGUGAUGUGCAUGUGUUCACCUCGUAUACUAAAACUCAGAAUGUUCAUAUCUUCGUCCAUCUUGGUAAUUUGUGCAAAUACAAGUACAAGUAUGUCUAGUAACAUGCACAAUCAUUUAGACCCCCUAACACUCGGCAUUACACGGACAAAUACAAAUCACACACACAUGCAUAUACACACACACACAGUAAAUGGAAAUAUUAAAACAGUAAGUUGAUUAACUGCGUAUAAUAAAGUGCAAAAAGGCUACUACUGAGUUAAAAACCUUUCUAGAAGGUUAACUUGAACAUUUGUUGAUGUAGUUGGUUAUGAUAGACUAAACAAUAUCAUACUCUCAGAUGUCACUGUUGCUACCUAUGCAGCACAUCCAUAUCUUGACUCAUCCACAUCACAUACACCGAACACACUCAGACUCCCUCACACCUCUAUUUUUAUACUACGCGUAUACUGUAAGCGCUGUGCAAAGCACAGUAUAGUUAUCACUUUGUCCUCAAAAUUACUGAAUCUUACUGGACUGUUUGUUUGCUUGUUUUCUGCUACUGCCUCUUUAUGUGUGUGUUGAUCUGAACUGUCCUCACCGUCAUCAGAUUAGGAUAAAUUCGGGUGAUGGGUUCAUUCCUGAGCAUCGCAGCAUGUUAGCAAUAGGUUUACUCCCUGCACCACAGAGCAGUGUUGUCGUCUUUGUUUGCACAGCAACUCAGUGCCAACAAAAUUCAGUCAUUUUUAAUGAUAAAAAUAACAAAACAAUGCAAAUAUUUACCAGCUGUAUUGUUUAGUAUUGUUAGUUUGCUAAACAGGAUCCUCUAAUCACGUUUUUGCACAUUUAUAGUGUGUAAAAUGCCUCUAAAGUUCAGUUUAAAAUGAUGAAACUUGCCACUAAAAUGGCUCUAUAUGCACAUUUAAAUGUUUCUGUGGCAGCAGGAUGCACUAAUAAUGAAAUUGUUGCCACUUUAUAAUUGCCAAUAGUAACUUGUUCCAAACUGCUAAAAUGUUUUAAAGAUUUUAAUCCUAUUUAAUAGGAAAAGCCUGUGUUUUUCUAUGAAAAUAUUUUGCACAAAAUAAUAUGUUUAACAGAUAGAUCCUAUUUGCUGUUCUUAUUAUUUAACUGUAUUUAUUUGCAGGUGAAUUUCUGCAUCUGUUUUAUUUAAACAGCGCACAUCCUGAGGAUUUUCUCUUUCUUUUUCAGCUUUUCUCCCAAUACACGUUCUUUUGUCCUAAAACAUGUAAUGUAAUAGGAAAAAAAAGCAAAUCGUAUAGCAUCUGCAGUCAAGUGUCAAUCUGAGUUUUAAAACCUGAUGGCGUUUUUUUUCUUGACUAUAUUUGUACUGUAUUAGGAUGCCUACUUGUACAUUGACAAUGUUCAUAGUGUCAUUGCCACAAAAUGAGCACAUUUAAUGCACUAUUGUUAUAUUUGUGUUCAACUUCAGCUGCACUUUUUGGUUCGGUUCAUAAAAUUGUCUAACUGCUGUAAGCAGGAAUGAACCCCUCCACCCUCCUAACAUGUAAAGAUUUCAGUAAGUCUACAUGCUUAUUUAUUGUUGCUUUGGCUCUAUUUUUUCUACUUUUUGGUAAAAACAAACCUCUGCUUGUUGCGUCAUGUUUAAGACUGAAAUGUCUGAAACUCCUUAAUCUCUUUAGUGGCAGACUUUUAUUUUAUUGAUGACAUUUGCACUUAUUUCCCUCACCGACAGUCACAGCCGCCCACUGACUAGUUGCCAAUCCGGUCAGCUCCUCUUCAUCUCGCCAUAUUAGCAGCUUCUGAGGUGUAGCACGUCCUCAGUUUCCUGUGUUGACUCUGACUCAUAGGUGAAGCAGGAUUUCCCAGAGUCUUUUUCACAAACGUAAACCUCAGACUUCAGCAACCGAAUCCCCUCCCCUCCCUGAUAAAGAAACAGAUACUGUUUGUCUGCUAUCCUCUCUCUGACCUGCUAUAACUAGAGUGUACAAUAUAAAUGCAGAGGAUAAUGUAUUUUUUGGCCAAUGAAUGAAACUAAAAAAAAAAAAAAUGCAUGAAAGUAGCUGUGAAACAGAAACUGAUGUCUCAUAGUGUUAUCUAAUCAUCUGUUCUUUGUAGCCAGCAACGGGUCAUUCAUUCACUCCUGGAAGUGGGCAGGAGGGAAGGGGUGGGAGGGUCACUACUGCAGGAAAAUAAGAGCAGAGGCAAACAUUACUACCAGAUAAACUGCACUAUUCAUCGUUCACCAAAGGGCUUUGGAUUAGAGAGAAUUAUAGAUCUGAAAUAUAUUCAAGGUUCAUAUAGACGAUGUAAAUAAAUGUUUGUAGAUGAUAUAAACAUGCAGUGCAGAAAAUAUACCCUGAUUUAAUUUUGAAGCAUACACAAAUAUGUUAAGGGAGGAGAAUAAAAAGGGAUGAGAUUGUUGUGCCACAUGGAUGCUGCUGCUCUCUUUCACAGCCAAAAGUGAAACAUGAGAGAGGGAAGCAGACACGGCUCCCUGUUGUGCUUCAGAUUUCAAAUAUCAAUGAUGUUUUUGCUCGGCUAUGUCCUUAUAUAUGUAAAAAACUGAAAAAACAAACUCUGAAAUUUGUUUCAGUGCUAAUGUAGAGUUGCUUCACCUUUCGUGGCCCUUACUAAGAAUGCUUUUGAUCAUAUAAAUGUAACCGCUUCUUUUUUAUUUUUAUUUUUAAAGACAACAUAAGAAAGACGUUUGUGACCAUAGUGGGGGAACCUUGACGGGCAUGUGAAUACCUCGUGACUACCACUGGUCAAUCUAUGCAUUAUCAGCCGAAGGAUACGUAACAGUGAAAACAGUCUGCGUCGGGUAAACGGCUCACUGAUCCGCUGUUACGGAGGGCUCAUUUCAACAUCCUGGGUCUCCCACUUCUCAGGGUGCCAUAACUGUAGCUGUAACAUCCGGGGCCUGACUUCUGCUGUCUGAAACAUGGCUGUGAGAUAAUCUGUCUGCCUUCACCUGCCAGCUUUAGUGCAGUCUGUUCAUGCUAGAGACCUUGCAACAGACUGCACACGAGGGAGAAGAAAAGGGGGAAAGGGAAAAUUCUCUGAAAACCAUGUUACAGGAGUUGAACCGGGUCAGAAAAUUGGUGUUUGUCCUUUUGUCUGUAUGUUAAAUGAAAAAAACAAACAAGAAAAAAAAAACCAAGAUGUAUGGAAACAUCACUAACAAAACUUUUUUUUUAUUUUAAAUGAUACAGGUGCCGGAUAGCCUGUUAACAACCUGUUUAUAAUGGAUUAUCUGUAUUGUUAUAUACUGAUUAUUAUAAUUACUGUAAUUCUGUGGAUUCUAAUGACACUGGUCUAUGUGUACAGGUAAUGAGACAAGCCCUUUCCUUAAAGAUGAAGGGAGCUUUCUGGAGGGUCUGUCUGUUAUCCUCAUUUCAUAUCUGCAACCUCUUGGUAUUUUCUAAGGUGUCACAGGAGUGAGUGUGGCUCCAUCUGGUGGAAACUCAAGUUCUCUGAUGCAGGCAAGUCAAACUUGGUCUGCAGCUGUUCUCCAGGGUUGUGUAUUUUACAUUAUUUUACAUUUCCCUAUGUAUUUACAUAUGUGUGUAUGGAGCUCCUCUGCAGAACCCAUGCAAGCAAGUUUACUUUCUCCUGUUGCACUGACGGGAUGCUGAUUUCAUUCCCACAGUGCCUCAUUUACCAGUCUGUGCGCUUGCAGAGAAAGAUGCUCGAACACAGACGCACAGUUUGUCCCUGAGCUGCUGUUUCACCUGUCUGUCCAACAUUAGUAUCCUGUGUAACAGACAGGCUCUCACACUCCUCAGUCUCCAGCAACGAUUGUGCAAUAAACUGAAGUCUAUAUUUUUAAA